UGAAAUAUUAAUUAUUUUUUGAAGUUUCAUUCAUAUUGUUAAAAAACAAUUUUUCCCUUAAAAAAAUUACAAAUAUAUUGUAUAAAAAUAAUUGCACAUAUAUAUAUUUAAAAUAACAAAAAAUAUAUUUAAAAAAAUAUUUAUACAAAAAAAGAACAAUACAAUAUUGUCGGGAAAAUAUAUGCGAUGUAAUUAGGAGAAAUAUUAUAAAAAAAAAUUAAAUGCAUAAAAACAUUUGCCCUUUAGUUUACAUCACUAAAACUUCUUUUUAUUCCGCUCAUAGACUUUAUGAUAUAAAUUUCGAUAAAAAAAAAAUCUCUGAGUAUUAUUCAAAAUUCAAUGAUUUGCCCGGUCAUUACUAUGAACUAGAAGUUACCAUCAAAGGUCCUCCCCAAAAUCACGGAGUAUUAAUGGGUGAAAAAGAUCUCGAAAAUAUUAUAAAAUCCGAAAUAACUGAUUUUUUUGAUCAUAAAAAUAUCCAUGAUAAUGAUGAAUGUUUAAAAUUAUGCCAGAUCAAUUCAAUGGAAAACUUGUCAAUUUUUAUUUGGAAUAGACUUAAUUCUCGUUUAAUGGAACCUACUACUUUGCAUAAAAUAACUCUUCACGGGACUCGCAGCAGUUUUGUUGAAUACUAUGGUGAAACAUAUCAUAAUGUCAAUAUAUAAUACAACAAAUCUACGCCUUCAUCCAUGCUGCAAAAAUUUCGAAAAGUAUAUAAAAUGGCAGCCAACUCAGAUUUAAAGAUAAAUAUAUUAAUUUCUUGUGUAUAUCGUUGUAAAUUGAAUAUAAUUAUAUUUAUUUUAAUGUAAAUUGUAAAUCGGAAGGCACGAUUACUAGGGAGUUAUUUUUUUACCAUUCCUAUUUGCUGUUUUUGUUUAUAUAUUUUUAAGCUAUUUUUGAUUCCCGUUGUUUAAUAUACGUUGUAUAUUUGUCGUUUUUCCAAAUUAAUGUAGCGGUUGUUCAAU